GGAGAGAAAACGUCAACUCCCAGACAAACAAUUCGCAACCGCUAUUACGUAAUGACCCCUCUGCGCUAAUAUCACCUUCUGUGUGCUAAGUAGCUAUCCGUACGGGAAUGUGGGUGUAAUGUAUAGAUGCGGACAGUAACGUUAGCAUAAUAACGCGCACCGUCGAACCGGUACACUCCUUACAACCACAACCAUGUUCGGCCGGUCACGGAGCUGGGUCGGAGGACCGGGGAAACCGAAAAAUAUCCAUUCUUUGGACCAUUUGAAGUAUAUGUACCAUGUCCUGACCAAAAAUACCACAGUGACCGAGCACAACCGAAAUCUUUUGGUGGAGACCAUCCGCUCCAUCACAGAGAUCCUCAUCUGGGGAGACCAGAAUGACAGCUCUGUAUUUGAUUUCUUCUUGGAGAAGAACAUGUUUGCCUUCUUCCUGAACAUCCUGCGUCAGAAGUCGGGGCGCUACGUGUGCGUCCAACUGCUGCAGACGCUCAACAUACUGUUUGAGAACAUCAGCCAUGAGACUUCCCUUUAUUACCUUUUGUCAAACAACCACGUGAACUCCAUCAUCGUCCACAAGUUUGACUUCUCGGACGAGGAGAUCAUGGCCUACUACAUCUCCUUCCUUAAGACUCUGUCGCUCAAGCUCAACAACCACACCGUGCACUUCUUUUACAACGAGCACACUAAUGACUUUGCCCUGUACACCGAGGCCAUCAAGUUUUUCAACCACCCUGAAAGCAUGGUUCGCAUCGCAGUCCGGACCAUCACGCUCAACGUCUAUAAAGUUUCAUUGGACAACCAGCACAUGCUGCACUACAUCCGGGAUAAGACCGCGGUCCCAUACUUCAGCAACUUGGUGUGGUUCAUCGGCAGCCAUGUCAUCGAGCUGGACAAGUGUGUGCAGACAGACGAAGAACAUCGGAACCGGGGGAAGUUGAGUGACCUGGUAGCCGAGCACCUCGACCACCUGCACUACCUGAACGAUAUUCUCAUCAUCAACUGUGAAUUCCUUAACGACGUUUUGACCGACCACCUCCUCAACCGUCUCUUCCUGCCCCUCUAUGUCUACUCGCUGGUCAUCCCUGAGACGUCCGAAGAGCGAAAGAUUAACGCACAGGUGUCCCUCUACCUGCUGUCUCAGGUGUUUCUGAUCAUCCACUAUCAGCCCCUGGUCAACUCCCUGGCCGAAGUCAUUCUCAAUGGAGACCUGUCUGUCUUCACCCCACAGACAAAGUAUACGGCCAGCGCGGGAGGUGUGCGUCGCUUCACCAAGCCCUCGGAGUCUCUGGAGCGCUCCCUGGAGCUGUCCCGCCACCGCGGGCGCAAGAGAACGCAAAAGAGGCCAAACUACAAGAACCUGGGCGAGGAGGAGGACGACGACGAAAGGCCGGGGGGGGGUGGAGGUGGAGGUGGAGGAGCGGACGAGGGCUGGAACGACGACGAUGACGGCGGCAAAGGCGGAGAAAGAGAGGGCGGCCGAGAGAGGGAGAAGGGAAAAGGUACAGAGGGAGGAGGAGGUGGAGGAGGAGGAGGUGGGAGUUCUAAGGGAAGCAGAGCGAGUGGGGAGACGGCGGAAGAGAUCGAGAUGGUGGUGAUGGAGAAGUGCAAAGUGUCGGAGCUGACGGAGCAGAACAUCACCGACGAGGAGAAGACCGCCGCGGCCACCCGCACGCACACGCAGAGGAGCAGACCGUUCCUGGACAUGGUCUACAGCGCCCUGGACUGCAACGAGGACGACUACCACGCCCUGUUUGUCCUCUGCCUGCUCUACGCCGUCUCACACAGCAAAGGAAUAAACCGAGACCUUCUGGAGCGGCUGCAGCUACCAGUCCCUGACCAGGAGAAGAGCUGCUACAGCCUGGUGCUGGUAGAGCGACUGAUCAGAGCAAUGAGUCACGCAGCGCAGCCGGAUGGUAAAGUGCGUUUGGCCACCUUGGAGCUGAGCUGCCUUUUGUUAAAGCAGUCUGUGCUGUCCGGGAGCCGCUGCAUAAUCAAAGAUGUGCAUCUGGCCUGCCUGGAGGGUGCCAGAGAAGAAAGUCUGCAUUUACUGCGGAGAUUCUACAAGGGUGAGGAGAUCUUUCUCGACAUGUUUGAAGACGAGUACAGGAGCAUGACGAGUAAACCGCUGAACGUGGAGUAUCUAAUGAUGGAUGCCUCCGUGCUGCUGCCCCCCACCGGUACCCCUCUGACCGGCAUCGACUUCGUCAAGCGGCUUCCCUGUGGGGACGUGGAGAAGACACGCAGGGCGAUCCGCGUGUUCUUCAUGCUGCGGUCCUUGUCGCUGCAGCUGCAGGGAGAACCUGAGACGCAGCUUCCUCUGACCCGGCCCGAAGACCUCAUCAAGACCGACGACGUCUUAGACCUCAAUAACAGUGACCUCAUCGCCUGCAUGGUGGUUAGUAAAGAUGGCGGCCAGGCGCAGAGGUUCCUCGCUGUAGACGUGUACCAGAUGAGCCUGGUCGAGCCGGAAACCAAGCGCCUCGGAUGGGGCGUGGUCAAGUUUGCAGGCCUCCUGCAAGACAUGCAGGUGUCCGGCGUGGAGGACGACAGCCGAGCGCUGAACAUCGUCAUCCACAAGCCCAGCUCCAACCCGCACGCCAAGCCGCUGCCCAUCCUGCAGGCCAACUUCAUCUUCGCCGACCACAUCCGCUGCAUCAUCGCCAAGCAGAGGCUGGCCAAGGGUCGCAUCCAGGCCCGGCGCAUGAAGAUGCAGAGGAUCGCAGCCCUGUUGGACCUGCCGGUGCAGCCUGGUGCGUCGGAGGUGUUGGGCUUCGGUCAGCCGGCCAACGCGUCGCCCAGCGCGCUGCCCUUCCGGUUCUACGAGCAGUCCAGGCGGGCGCCCAACGACCCCACGGCGAGCAGACCGGUCUUCGCCUCGGUGGACAAAGUACCAGGCUUUGCAGUGGCUCACUGUGCGUCGCAGCACAGUCCCUCACCCCUCUCCUCCCCCUCGACUCCCUCCAGUGGGAGCGGGAGCACAGGAAGAUGUGACUCUGUUACUGCGAGCACUGUAUCAGCUCAGAGCCCCACAGAUGAUGGUGCGUUCUUGGAGCACGCCCCGUCCUCCCUCUCGGGCGGAGAAGUGGAAGGAGGUGGAGGUGGUGGUGAUGUAACGCUGUUCUCCUCUGCUCCCUCGGCACCAGUCCAGACGCUCUCCCCGAGCCUCACGCCGGCCUCCCAGCCCACCAUCUCCCUCCUCACCGACGGCGACGGCGAGGCGCUCAGCGUGGAGUCGCUCACGCUGCUGCCGCCCGCCGACUCGCCGCAUCUCCACCCCUGCGCGGGGCUCCUGCCCGCCACGCACUCCCUCCAGAGAGCGGAGGAGCGGGCGGCGAUAGAGGAGACCGCCACUGAGGAGGAACCGGAGGCGGAAGGAGAAGACGCACCUCCAGAGACGGGAGACCAGCCGCGGGAAACAGGCGAUGAGAACACGGAGAGACGCACUGAAACCCCAGACUCGCCUGAACUGGAUUAAACACACACACACACACACACAGACAAACAUCUGGAUGCAGACCAGGGGGACACGGCAGCGUGGAAGCAGUGUUUUCAUGUAGCGACCGGCAGACUUUUCACUCUCAGAGGACCGAGGACGACUCACAAAAAGACCUAAAGCACAUUCGGCUUUCUGUUUGCUCGGGUGCGUCCGGUUGUGUUUUUAGUGAGCGUGUGUAAAGUCACGCAAACCAGCAACGUUUUCUACUCAUUCUGAUCGAUUGUUUGUCAGCUCCAAGACACACACACACACACACACACACACACGCAACUCUCGUAUGUUCUGUUCACGGCCCAUUCUAUGCUAACGUACAAACAUGCUUUACAGACGGUGCCUCUCAACUUCUGCCUGUCAGACCCGUUUGCAGUAACUCCCACAGGUGUGUGUGUGUGUGUGUGUGUGUGUGUGUGUGUGUGUGUGUGUGUGUGUGUGUGUGUGUGUGUGUGUGUG